AUGAUCUCCAGGUUUCGUAGACAAGAGCGACCUGGCUCGCCAACAUCUUUGGCCGAUCCUGAAGAACGAGCUGCAAGGGCCAAGGACGAUGUCGGCAAUGACAAGGGGUCUGGAUGGCCACUGAACCAUUCGGAUACGCACAGAAGCCAUCUCUCUGGCUUAGAUCUACCACUUCGUUUGGGACGCUCCCAGGCCACCGAGGCUAGGCAAAAGCAACGAUCAAAUGAACGUCGUGCAGAUCCUCUUGGCCUGACAGUCCUCCAUGAACCAGAGUCCUCCCCGUCAGUCGACAUUGUUUUUAUUCAUGGUCUGGGGGGCACAAGCCGCCAUACCUGGUGCAGCAACCGCGAUUUGCAGCUCUUCUGGCCCCGUGAGUGGCUUCCCUAUGAGCAAGAUCUUUCGUCUACCCGUGUUAUGACCUUUGGCUACAAUGCGCAUUUUUCCUCCCUGUCGCAUGGGAACGAGAAUAUUCUCAACGUCUCCGACUUUGCCAAGGAUUUGCUCUUCAGUUUGAAAUUUGCUGUUGGAAACGGGGAGCGCAAUCUUAACAUAGGAACAGUACCCAUCAUAUUCGUGGCCCACUCCAUGGGGGGUCUGGUAGCGAAGAAGGCCUUCAUUUUGGGCCAGCAUGACGAGCAUUACCACGACCUCAUUCAGGCAGUGUCGGCCAUCGUCUUCCUCUCAACACCACAUCGUGGCUCGGAUCUUGCUGAAUCUUUGAACAGGAUCCUUUCCGUGUGCAUAGGUCUCUCUUCACGGGAGUUUGUGUCUGAACUUGCAAAGAACUCGCAAACCCUCCAGGAAAUCAAUGAACAGUUCCGAAAUCUGGCUUCGCGCUUGUCAAUCGUCUCCUUCUUCGAGACCCUGAAGACAGCGAUCGGGUUAUCUCGGGUCAUGGUGCUCCAGAAGGACUCCUCUAUUCUCGGCUAUCCUGGGGAGAUUUCAAAACCCCUCGAUGCAGACCACCACGACGUGUGCAAAUAUACAAGCCAACGGGAUCCGAAUUAUAUCAGUGUUCGCAACAUCCUCAAAUACCUAGUCGAUAAAUUUGGCGGGAAAGAUCCGGCACAAGUGGACGUCGGCUCUGUAGAUGAACUUCACGAGAUUGCUUCGGCUUUGGGGCCCGUACAGGAUCCAGUGGACGAUCUCAUUUUCUUCGCAAAUAGAAGGAUGGCUGGUUCUUGUGACUGGACCCACGAAGACCCUCUUUUUGCCUCGUUUUUCAAGGAUGAGGCAGAACAACCACGUUGCAUUUGGUGUACCGGCCGGCCAGGAUCGGAAAAGUCUGUGCUCGCAUCAUCCAUCAUCCAGUCUGCAAAUGAGAGUGACUUUGGGGUGGCGUAUUACUUUUUCCGGUUCGGAGACCACAUCAAGAACAACAUUAACACCUUACUUUUGUCCUUGUCUCACCAGAUUGCUGCUAUCCUACCAGAAUAUCGCCGGCGCCUCUUGCGUCUCUUUGACGACGGCUUCAAUGCCCAAAAGUCAGCCCCUCGACUCGUGUGGCAAAAGCUCUUCACUUCCACCCUUUUUCAAGUCAAGUUGAGUCGGCCCCUGUUUAUAAUAAUUGACGGAUUGGACGAAUGUGAUUCGGCAGCUAUGUUGUUGAAACUCUUAGAGGAUCUGCAUUUGUUUCUGGCUCCCAUACGACUUAUGGUCUUCAGCCGCAGUCCCCAAAAUCUCUCGUCAGCCUUUGACAAACUGUCCAAGAGAAUACGGACUCAUCAUCACUUGCUUGAAAAGAUGGCUGACGACCUCCGAAUGUACGCCGAGGAGGAAAUGGCAACUAUGCGUGGCGAUGAAGAUUUCAAGUACGAGGUUGCAGAUAAGCUGGCGCGCAAGGCCGAUGGAAAUUUCCUGUGGGCGAACCUGGUUUUGGCUGAGGUACUGCAGUAUCACACAGAAGACGAAGUAUUCAAGGCCCUAGAGGAAGUACCCGACGAGCUAGAAUCCCUGUACGAGCGCAUGGAUACAAAGCUGGCGAAGAAUUGCCGACCAUCAGAUCGGAUGAUGGGAAAAACCAUUAUGAUGUGGAUCACUUGUUCGAGACACCCCCUGACUCUGCUAGACCUGGCUGAAGCUUUACGACCGGAGUACACCAAUAUCCUCGACCUCAGAUACACAAUCAAUCGUGUUUGUGGAGACUUCGUGCUCACAGACAGCAAGGGUGUGGUGUCAAUGGUACAUUGGUCUGCCCGGGACUAUCUAACACAGAAUUCUGAUCUGAACUACCACAUUCCUCGUGGCUCUUCGCAUCGGAUCAUUUUCUCGAAUUGCAUAAGGGAGCUAGCCAGCGCGAGCUCAAAAGUGCAAUCAGGACAGAUCAAGGCCCAAGCGUUCUUGUUGUAUGCGGCAACCUCGUGGCCAUUCCACCUGGAACAGAGUUCAGAGGCGUCAGAAGUUUCUGACCAGGAAUCCCUUGUUACUCUAGCACGGUUUUUCCAAAGCUCUGCUGCUUCAAAAAAGAUGACAAGUUUCCUCAAGAGAAUCGAUCGAUUGGACGAAGAGCGAAAUCCGCUCACCCACCGCCUCAAGGACAAAGAGAUUGUGGAUCUCUGGAGUACAGACCUUAUCAGGUUGGUCGGCAAGUUUGGCUCUCAUCUUACCGAGCAGCCAAAGCUCAUCUUCAGACUUGUGGCACCCUUCUGUCCGCGAGAAUCUGCGAUGUACAAGCAAUUUGGCGACCGCACGGCCAGUUCCAGGUUUUCGGUCGUCUCGGGGUUGUCCACAAAAUGUUGGGAUGACUGCCUCGCCAAAUUCACCGUGCACAAUUCCAAAUCCCCUCUUCAGAUCAAAUGUGCAAACCGCUACUUUGCCAUAUUGCUAUCGGAUGGCACAAUCCAAUUGUACCAUGCGAGUACUUGCGAAGAAGCAAGGAGCUUUCAUCACGGUGAAAGGGUACUGGCCUGGUGCUUCAAUGCCGCAGGCGACAAAAUGGUGACUUGUGGAAUGACCAAGACCAUCGUGUGGGUCACUGCCACUGCACAGCAACAGCGGUCUUCAUCUGUCAACCAUCGACGACUCAAAAUACAAACUGUGACUUUUGUGAACAACGAUCAGACGCUGUUUGCGUGCUGUGAUGACCGCACCGUCCGGAGACUGUCUCUUGAUCUGCCUGAUGAAGGCUGGCAAGUUCUGGAGGAUGUACUCGGGGACGGCAGUUUUGAGGGAAAGCAAUUAGCCUCUCCACGAUGUGCCUCUUUCAACCCAUCAGCUGGUGGGAGGUGUCUGAGGAUUGUCGACGGACAUCAAGCACUGAGAAGUACCACUUCAGAUGUUCAAGCCGUCACUUGGAACCCAAUGACGGGCCACGUCGUUGGCAUAUAUAAUGACGGAUGUCUCUUCAAGUGGCACCCGUUCGACGCCGAUUAUCAAGAAUCAAACUUGUCUAUUGGCAGGGUGGAGUGCAGCCCAGACGGAAAGUUUCUUGUUACAAGCAGUCGGGACGGGACCUUGAGAAUUUGGGAUUUCUUUCAUUUCACUCCAGUCUACCAGCUGUCGUACUCGGCUCCGGUAACCAGCCUUGCUAUCGACCCGAACGGCACCAGAAUCUAUGACAUUCGAGAAUGCUUCUGCAGCGUGUGGGAGCCUAACACUCUUGUGCGCAUGUGGGAGACAGAGGACCGCUCUAGCGACACUAUGAGCAAUCGGGAAAGCACACUGAUUUCUCACGUUUCUGAGACCAGCUUCGAGACGUUACAACCGAUCACAGCACUUGCAGUAGAGCCUGGCAGCCUGUCGUACACAUCGGGUAAUGACGAUGGCCUCGUUGCUCUUUUCUCAAGGCAAGGGCAUGCUCUGUGUGACCUUUUGCAGACCUUUAUGCCCGUUGAUCACAUUUGCUGGAGCGCCAACGGCCAGUUCGUCGCAGCCGCAUCGAGCACGUGGCGCAGGCUCUUUGUGAAGGAGGUGAACCAUUCAGAUCCCACGGAGAGUCCAAGGCCAAUCAUGACUGACAGGGAAGCCGAUCCGAUCAGGCAGAUACUCCUGAGCCCAACCGGGGGUUUUCUCUUGGUUGCCACAGACUGCUUUCUUAACAUUUGGUCCACUCACGAACAGCGAAUCCUUUCUUCGAGACCGCAGGUGACGUUACACCAGUGGUUCAACUUCCCAGAAAACUCCACAAAGAUAAUCGGAUUUACUUUCGCAUCCGUCGAGGUCAUUGAUUGGCAAGAUGCUGCUGAAGCGAAACGCAUGACCCUUGACCGGACGCUGGUGGAUGCGUCGACCAACCAGCCGCGUCAUGCCUGGAUGCAUAGAAGACCAUCAUCACAGUACCCUAUGAGCCCCUCUGAGGCACAGGAGGGAGUUGACAAGAUAGUCCUGACUGUCGACGCCACAAUGGCGCUGGUUGUCACUUCACGGAGCACAGCCCAAGGCCGAUAUGAUAGGCAGUACUUUUUUAUCAACCUGUCCAACUUGAUGUUUGACUACGACUCUACAACACCGGUGACUGCAAGUCCCUUGCCUCCAGAUCUGCAAACACACAUGGCCAAGCCACUGGGCUUCUUGGAGGCUGACCGUAACUCACGCAGGAGGUCCUCCGCCAUGCCACUAACCUCUACGGCAAAAGCGACGCAUCACACUCUCGCGUUCCUGGACCACAAUUUUUGGGUCUGCACAUACACUAUGCAUGAAUCGAAUCUGGGCCGUGUUAAACGUCACUUUUUCCUUCCGCGUGAUUGGAUCAACUUGGAUUGGUUGGACUUGGCUAUUAUGCGUGAAGAUGGCGUCUUGUUGUGUCCCCGAAACGGAGAGAUUGCUUUUGAUUGA